AUGACUGAUCAGACCCAAGGAAGCUUUACGGUCGUCAAAUCGCCACCGGACAUCGAGAAGGACCACAUCAUCGACUUUGCCGAGGAGGUGUACGUGACGAUUGGCGCGGAUGGCCAUGUUAUUUCGACGGAAAAGCCGUUGGCGGCAAUUGAAAGGGUGUUUUCCCAUUAUCCCGGAAAUCUUCCAGAGAAGGUGAGCCAACUCACGAAAACGCCGAAAAUCGAGGAGGAGCUGGAGCUGGCCUACAAUCAAGAUGGUCAAUUUCGGAUCAAGAGCGUUCUACUCUACAAUCCUGGAGUGCAGGGCUACCAAACUAAUUGUAUCCUCGGCUGCUCGCAACUCUGCGUGGUUUGUGACCGAGUGAUUGAGAAGGGCGAGAUGUUCCUCAACUUUCCGAAAUGUCUGGAUAAGCGACGCGUGUGGGGCGGAAUUCUCGGCUUUGAGUAUAAGGACAUGCUUCGUGUGAAGAAUUCCAAGAAGAUGAGUGAGCUUCCGAUUUGCACGGACCAUUUUUCCGAAGAGUGCUUCCGGCAAUUUGAAUUUAAUAAGACGGCCAUCGAGGCGUUCGGCGUUCCAAAAGGCACCUCCCAAAAAAAGCUGCCGGUGAUAAUGAAACCUUGGAGCUGUACCGUUUGCAAGUUCAAUUCGUAUAGUGUAGAAGUCACUCAAAAACACAUGCUGAGCCACGGCAGCGACGGCGAGCUGUUCAUUGGCAACCGUGGCGUUGCUUGCCCAUUUUGUCAAAAGUGCAAUUACGUCUACAAGACGGGGCCCGGGCUUGUCAGGCAUCUCUCGGACCCGCCGUUGAAGCAUGGAUUGCUCAAGAAAAUUCACGAUGACGCCAAGCUCCACUGCCGCAGCGCCCAUCUCGAGCCGGCGUUGAAUUGGGAAUCGUGGACGAAGGAGAACGUCUGCUUGGCUUACUACGGAUGCAUCCCAAAGGAGUUGGGAAGCCCGAACAAGGUGGUUGCCGUGCCGCCCGUCUCGCCGUUGAAGCCAGCAAAACGACUAGCGCCCGAGAUUAUCGCCUCCGCGUCCUGUACGCCACAAAAGGUACCGCAUAUCCAGGCGCAACCCUCCGUCAGCUACGUGGCGCCACUCGUACUUCCGGUUCACGACCAAGGUGUCUACGAACAAUCGCGAGAAAACGAAGAUGGCGCCCGGUCUACGUUGAGCCGGAAUGGCCUGCCGAAGAACUACCAAUUCGUGCACUCGGCCCAGGAUCUCGGGCUCACACAGUUGCAGCAACGACAAGCCGAUUCGAUCGAGGCUAGAAUCCGAUUGUUCGGGGCCGAGGAGCCGGAAGAGUUGCCGACCGGCUACCUGCACGUUGAGACGACAGACGGGUCGCGUCUUGUACGUGCCCGCCGCAACGCGAUCCCGAUUCUACGCCGCCACGCGUAUCAAGAACCA